AUGAAGUUUCUCGCGAGCCUCCUUGCACUCGCUGUUGCGCUUCCCAGUGCUUCAGCAUUGCCACUGGAACAGCGAGAUAUCACUACCAGCUGGGCAGGAGUCAACUCUUACUUCUUGCACGCUUAUCAAAAGUCUGAUCGCAUCGCUGUUUUAGACGCAAUCAAAGCGGCUAAACUCAAGACUGUGCGGAUAUUCAUUUCUCACACGUAUGCCAACAACAAGGACACCAACUCGGUCGAAAUGCCCGACAUCGAGCCCGACGAAGUCGGCGAAUGGGACGACACCCAGCUCAGAGCCAUCGAUCAACUCAUGGUCGAAGCCAAGGAUCGCGGCAUCAAGCUCAUCAUUGCGCUCCAUGAUCGAUACAUGCUCGGGUGCUGGGGCUCCGACGCCUACGUCUCGAAGUACAAGCUGCCUGCUGUCGACUGUGGCACACCCGGAGCCAUCAAGGACAACGACGUUACAUGGUGGUACCAGGACCCAUCACCCAUCUACGACUUCGAGAAUCGCAUCGCGCACAUCCUGAACCAUCAGAACUCCCUGCUCGGUGGCAAGGCAUGGAAGGAUCUCAGCGAUUACAUCUUCUCCUUCAACAUCCAGAAUGAAGGCCAGGGGCACCUGCGCAAUAACGUCGCGCCUGCGCCCAACUGGUGGUGCGACCGCAGCAAGAAGAUGCGCUCUAUCAUGGGCAGCAGCAAGAUCCUGGUCUCGACUGGCGGCGGCAACGAAUUUUCUAACUCUGACAUCUCACAGAACUGGGCAUGCAACACGCUAGACGUUGUUGAUAUCCACUCGUACAACGGUGUCGACGGUUUCAAGCAAAACGCACCAACAUCCCUGAACCGUGCGAAGAGUGCUGGAAAACUGGUGCUGUUCGAGGAGUUUGGCGCGAUUGGCGACUCCAAAUCGAGCCAAGUCCAGCAGCAUAUUGACGUCUUCAACGGACUCAAGGCACCGUGGAUGAUCUGGCAGAUUAACAAACCGGGCAAGGGAAGUGCUGAUUUCGAGUUCUGGACUGAUGAGGCGACAUACGGAGUCGUGAAGACUGGGGCUGAGAAGGCACUGACUUUGACUGCUGCCCAGUCUUUUAGGAAUCUCUGA